AUGUCCGCACAGAACCCCCAACCUAUCGGCACAUCGACUGCCGCGACUGAUAUUUCUACCCAACAAGCCACCUACCUUCCUCCCUCUGAUCUGUCCGCAAAAUACCACAAGGGUAUACAAAGACCUAUUGUCGUUCAGCCUCAUGCUAGUGCUUCUAAAGCUGGUUCCACCAAAAUCAAAACCAUUGAGAACUUCUACGUGCGACCUCGAUGGUUGUUCGUCCGAGUGGAGACCGAGGGUGGAGUAGUCGGAUGGGGUGAGGGUACACUUGAAGGUCAUACCGAGGCAGUGCAAGGAAGUUUGAGAGACAUUUCCAGACGUCUGGUCGGAUGGGACGCUAUGAAUAUUGAGGAGAUUUACACUUAUCUAUAUCGUCAUCGAUUCUACAGAGGUGGUGAGGUCCUCAUGUCCGCUAUGUCUGGUGUUGAUAUCGCUCUCUGGGAUAUCAAGGGUAAAGUGCUUGGUGUGCCUGUCUGGGAGUUGCUUGGUGGAAAGAUCCGAGAACGAUGUGACGUAUACGGCUGGGUUGGUGGUGAUCGACCAUCGGAUGUGUUGGCACAAGCCAAGGUCCGAAAAGAACAAGGGUUUACUAGAGUCAAGAUGAAUGCUACUGAGUCUAUCGGAUGGCUCGAUUCUCCCCACGCUCUCGAUGAGACCGUCGAGCGAUUAGCACAGGUCAAAUCUAUUGGUAUUGAUGCUGGUCUUGAUUUCCACGGUCGAGUACACAAAGGGAUGGCCAAACAACUCGCUGCUGCACUUGAGCCUCACCGACCUCUCUUCAUUGAAGAGCCCCUUCUUCCUGGACAUGUCAACGAGUUGAAAGACUUAUAUAACAAGACUACUAUUCCCAUCGCUCUCGGUGAACGAUUGUUCACUCGACUCGACUGUCGACCAUACUUCGAGGCAGGAUGUAUUGACAUCAUUCAACCUGAUAUUGCCCAUGCUGGUGGUAUCUCUGAGACCAAGAAGAUAGCAAUAAUGGCUGAGGCAUACGACAUCGGUGUAGCACCUCAUUGUCCUCUUGGUCCCCUUGCUUUCGCUGCUUCUCUCCAUGUCGGUUUCUCAACACCUAACUUUGUCGUAUGUGAGAUGUCUUGGAAGAUGCACUACAACACCGGCGGUUUCGAUCUCUUCACAUAUAUGACGAACCCCGAGGUCUUCCAAGUCGAAGGUGGUUCCGUCGGUCUUUUAACUACUCCUGGUCUUGGUAUCGAAUUGGACGAAGAGCUCAUCCGAAAAGAAGCCGCUGAAGCUGAGAAAUUAGAGCCUUGGAUCAACCCUCUGUUUAGAGGCGAUGACGGUAUGAUCAGAGAGUGGUAA